UACAGAGUAGUACAUUUCGAGUGAUAUAUGAUAACUCGUAUGAUAAGCACUGGCUCAUUAUAUGGAGUGGUACUUUUCAAAUGGUGUGGAGUGUACGGAGUGGUACAUUUCAAAUGAUAUGUGAUAAUACAUAUGACAAGCACUGGAGUGGUAAUUUUCAAAUGGUACAGAGUG